ACUGCAGGAGGGGCUCAGGGGGCAGGCUCUGACCCGGUGUGAACCGGGGUCAGGGCAGGCUCCCUGCCCUGCCCCUGUGCUGCUCUGGGAAGUGGUUGGAAUGUGGGGGAGAAAAAGUGCAGGGGUGUGGUUGUUGCUGUUGCUUCAGGCACCACCCCCAGCAUCUCCCACUGAAAAGGAAUGGGGAACCGCAGCCAAUGGGAGCUGCUGGCUGCCGGGUUGGACCAGCUCUAGGUAAACGCUGCCGGAGGGCGGAGGGGCCACGAGGAGCUCAUGGACUGCAGAAAAUAACCUGGCGGGCCGCAUAUUUGAGACCCCAAUCUAGAGUUAAGCAGUUUUUUUUCACUGCACUGGAUUUGGAGUUCAUAGUACACAGAUUUCACACUUGAAAUCUGGAUCAGUCCCCUCAGCUGGAGUCUUCAGAGUGUCCGUGUUGCUUGCAAUGUAGGUGGGUGAAGGAGAAAGGCCCAGCAUGGGGCCACUGUGUUCUGUUUUAUUCCCUUAGUCCCAUGUGCUUGUGGAUCACAAAUCCAGGCAUGUCUGGGGGCAUUGCUGUCUCCAGCCAGGAUUGAUUAAUUCCCCUGGUAUGGCCUCAUCCAGGUGAGUCAUUGAAUUGUAGCUCCUUUGCUGGACAGUGGUUGUUGAUGGGACGUUUGGUUACUUGCCUUGCUGUUGCCCCUGGGGAGCUAUUAUCUGACUGAUUCCCCAACUGACAGCAUGUUUUAGUGACAACCAUACAACACAAUUCUCAUAACUUCAUAUACAUUAAUGAUAUACAUAUAUGGAUAGAGAAAUGACUUUCAGCAGAUAACCUUUCCCAGAUACCUUAUAAGGGAAGCUUUAUAUGUAAGAUCACGGCUAUAUCAAAAUGAGGAAUAUGAGGGUUACAGGACGCUCCACCAAGGUAUAGAACGUCAGAGUGUAACAGUUGAAGAUAUCAAUCCUCUCAAUGGAGCAGGGCCCACGCCACAUGACUAAGUUCAAUAUCUUCCUUCACCCUAGCAAUUUCAGCCUGUGGUGGAGUGCCACGCGGUUAAAGAUACUGACCACUUGGUUAUGGGCCGACACCUCCUCCCUCCGUCUUUCCUUUUCUUCCCAGCAAUAUGGGCCUGUAGGGGUGCCAACAUCCUCAUGAGGUGGAGACCCCCACCAAUAUCAAUCCAGCAGUAUGCAUCUGUGAAGUGAGAUAUUACCAUAGGUACCAAUUCCCCACAUUUUUCUUGGGACAUAUACUACCCCUAACUCCUCCCUGCAGCAGUGGGGGACUGUGUGGCCUCUUUAGCAAAGCAUGUAACAUCAAAAGUACCAGUCUUCCCAUGGAGCAGGUAUUGCCCCCAAUCUCUCUGUCCUGGAGUAGUGGGGAGCGGCAGAAGCUUUUUCAGCAACCCGGGCCUGAGGUAUAGAAAUUGCCCCCUAUGUGGGGGCUGACACCCCUUCUAAUCCUACAUGAAGCAAACAGUGCCCCCCAAAUUCCCUGUCUUUGCACCAGCAGGGAGUUACUGGAGUUCUUUUGGCAGUAUGAGUCCAUAAUGUGACCUAAAAGGUGCUGACUGCAUCAGUCCUCAUUCUCCAUGGGACAGAUACUCCCCGUGCCUCCCAUACAUACACCAGAGAUGAAAGGGUUGUUCCAGGUACUGUGGCAGAGUGCAACAUCAACAAAGCUACUGACUGCUCCCAACCCCUGUUUCACGGAGCAUUUACUUUCUUCCACCAGCAGGUGGGUAAACAUCCACUCUAAACUUCCCGGGGCAGAUACUGCCUUAAUCCAUAUUCUUCUGCCACAGCAAGAAGCUGUGUGAGGCCUGUUCCAGGAGUAUGGAUGCAUGGAAGAGUACACUGACAAAGACUAUGCAUUUGUUCACAUGGAGAAAGAAGCAGAUGCAAAAGUUGCCAUUGAAAAUCUUAACGGAAAGGAAGUGAAAGGAAGAAGAGUUAAUGUGGAACUCUCUACUAAUGUUCAGAAAAAGGGGGCAGGACAAAAUGUCCAGGCAGGCACCAAUACUGACAAGAGCAAGAGAGCAAGUGUGGACUUUAGAGAGAAAUAUCAACCCAAGAUCGAUGGUUACGAGCACCUUAGGCCUACAGACUCUAUGUAUCCAUCAGUCUCUGCAGGAUACGCUGCAUCCUCGCUCUACGAUUAUCAGCAGCGCUUCGGUGGCACCAACACUUCAAGCAAAUACAACUCCUUUGACACUCAGACAAGACAAGCAUCUCCCUCAUAUUUUGGAAGGGACAGAAGCCCAAUUCGACGAUCACCAACAAGAAUCGGUUUUGCCACUGUGUCGCUACCCAUGACAGCACAACCAGCAUCCUACAGAGCUCAGCCAUCAACCUCACUGGGUGCAACCUACAGAGCCCAGCCCUCUGCAUCUCUCGGAAUGUCUUACAGACCCCAGCCAACAACGGGACAAGCAGCAUCUUACAGGGCCCAGCCCUCGACCUCACUUGGAAAUACUUACAGAACCCAGUCCUCUGUUUCACUAGGAGCUUCUAAUACCCAGCCUGCAGCCUCAUCACUGAAUUCCUACAGCGCCCAAGCUGCUGCUUACAACACCCAGGCUGCAGCUUCCCAGUUAGCCUCUUAUGGGGUCCAGUCCACAGCAACACUAGCAUCAUCCUAUGGAGCUCAGCCUUCAGCCUCGCAUGCAGCCUCUUAUGGUACUCAGCCUGUCGCUGGUUACUCAGCCUCCUAUGGAGCUCAGCCAGCAGCCACACAUGCAGCCGCUGCCUAUGCAGCUCAGCCUGUGACUGGUCACACAGCCACUUAUGGAGCACAGCCUGUGGCCACACACGCAGCCGCCUAUGGAGCCCAACCUGCAGCCAGCCACUUGGCUUCUUAUGGAGCCCAGCCUGUGGACAGCCACUCAACUUCUUAUGGAGCCCAGCCUGCAGCUACUCUCUCAGCCUCAUAUGGUGCUCAGCCUGUGGCUGGCCAUUCAGCCUCGUAUGGUGCCCAGCCUGCAACUGCUCUUGCAGCCUCGUAUGGCGCCCAGCCUGUGGCCGGCCAUUCAGCCUCGUAUGGCGCCCAGCCUACAGCUGUGCUCUCAGCAACCUAUGGCGCCCAGCCUGCAUCCACUCUGGCUGCAUCUUAUAGCAAUCAGUCUGCAGCAGCUUCCUACAAAUCACAGGUCUCUGCUCCACUGACCACACCCUAUAGAACACAGUCUUCAAACUCAAUGUCAGCUUCAUAUACAGCACAGCAGCCCUCCUCUGUUCCCUUGGCAGUCACUUUCAGAGCUCAGCCUGUGACUGCAUAUGAUGGGCCAACCCAGCUUGGACAACAAGCAACCCCGUAUUUGGGACUGUCUCAGUCUUCUGCUGCUGCUGCUGCCAUCGCACCACCAUAUGAACGCACCCGUCUCUCUCCUCCACGGAGUGCUGGCUAUGACGAUCCUUUCAAAAAAUCAUCUGCUUUGGCUAAAAGGUACAGUUCUGACCGCCGUUUAUCUGACCUCUCAGAUUACCGUCGUUUAGCAGACUCGCCACUUGUGUACCGUCAUUCGCCGACAAAGUCCCCGCUGGAUUAUCGCCGUCUUCCAGAAGCGCAUUCCGACUAUGCCCGUUAUUCGGGUGUCUAUGGCGAUUAUAUGCAUACUGCUCGGCUACAUUCUAAUUACCAGCGCCGCCUGUAGUGGGGUUGGGGUUCCUGUUCCAGAUAGGGGCAGUAUCAUUGAUUACAUGUUCCCGACACGCUUUCUUAGCAUAAAGCCAAUCUGCGUCUUUACUAGGCUGGCUUCCUCAUUCAGUUCUCUGCAGAUUCUGAGUUACUAAAUUUCCUUCCCUCCCAUGCUAUCUCAGGUGUCAUUACAGCCUGUCGUUUUGGCUCUGUUCCUUCAUGUCACUUGAUUAAAGAAUAAUUUGAGGCGAUAGUAUGAGGCGUCUCUGAGACAUGCUACUACAUCCAACACAAAUAGCAUUCUCCUGGUCCUUACUUUGGGGGAUUUUAUUUUCAGCUGCCUUUUUUGUUGCGUUUUUAGAAUGAUCUGAAUUUAUUAUCUCAAGAAGAACCUGUGCUGCAACCCCAGGAAUGAUGUAGACGACUGCUGCACAUUGUGUCUUUGAAAGUCGAAGACUCGAGUUCCUUCGUGCUCCAGUAGGGCUAAGAAUGCCAUAGCAUAUCUGGAAUCGGUUUUUGUUUGCGACUCCUGAUGCUAAUGUCUCCAUUAAUAAGACAUAAGCUGCUCAUGCAGGAUUCCUAAUAAAUGCAAUUCACAAUGACUGUUGCUCAGUAUUGUUUUUAUAACCCGAGCAAUUGCUUUCUCUGAAUAGAAGAGCAAAUGCUCUUUUAUGUAACAUGAAAAUCCUUUUUCUUUUUACACCGGUGUUAAGUUUGCAGUAGAUGUGAUGUUCGAAUCUAUACAUCUGAAAUGAGUUAGUUUUUGUAUUGACUGUAAAUAAAAUGUGGGCUAUUUACAGUUUAGAAAGUUGUCUGGUGUAUUUUUUCUUCCAGUUUAAUUGGUUUCAGGGGUAAUGUCCCAUGUUCUUUAACUUUCUUCCUUUUGUCCUAAAGGUAAAUCAAAGGACUUUAAUGAGUGCAUACAUACAGCACCACUGCAAGGCAGCCAGAUCUAGGGAAGAAAUGUGAUAGCCAACUGGUGCACAACAGUAAAGAGAACUGAAGUAUUGUCCAAGAGCAGGCCAGGUCUGUUCUUAAAAUGUGCUGUAAGAUUUGUUGUUGGAUCAUAGGUGUACCUCUUAACAGACAUGUCGGAGGUCCCUGGGAGCUUAUAGUUUAAACAGAAAAUGUGCUUGGGAGAAGAGCAGUGGGUGACUUCAUUUCCUAAAGUGGGUCAACUAUCUCAUCUUAAUUCCCAUUCCAAAGUACCUCUCCCCAGGAGACUGCUUGGUACCAGAUUCAUCUACCUCUGCAGUGUGGAGCUCUCCAUCAGCUCUUCUGGGCAUUUAAGCCUGCAAUUUGAAGGUAUUAGGUGUUUUGCCAUCUACAUGAUGCCAGAAUUGAACUUCCAGUCCCCACCCUGAAUUUUUUACAGCAUAAAUUAGAUCAACAUGGAGCCUGAAACUGAUAAAGGACAGGCAUAGAGAAGGGCAGGACAAGGGCUAAGGAAAUGUCUUGCCUUGAGAGAAUGUUCUGAAACUUCUAAGUAAGGCAGAGUAGCUAGGAAGAAGCAAGUGGCCUACAUGUUUAAGGGCAGACUAAAGGAAUGAUUUCUGAAGGACUGAAAAUGGGGAACAGGAAAAGGAUGUCUCUCUGCAUGAAGACUAGCGUGGAAUCAGAGGUGAGGUUAGCAAGAGAGGGGAGAAGAGGUGAACUGUGAGGGCAAGGAUCAAGGAGGAGACCCACUUUCAAGUGGAUUGGGGUGGGAGUGGAUUUGAAUGUUAGAAAAGAUCAGACAAGAAUGGUUGUGGCAUGCUGGACUUUAGGGGCAUGUUACAUCUGCAAGGAUUAAGGAUAUUCAAAAUCCCAACUUGCUUCCUAGACUCUUCCUGAUGUUCCAUCUGGCUGCACCUGCCCCAUAACAACAUUUUCAUCUACUGGGGUUAGAACCUGCUUGCUCCCUCCCGAUGGCGACACCAGUGGGUUUUUUUAUUAGUAGCAAUAAUGUUGCUGCUCUUUCUAGGAGCUCUUUGAAGUGGAGUGAUUUUGAUGGACAUCUUCGUCAUAGGCCAGCCAAAGUGAUGACUCAUUAAUUUCCUUCUUUAGGAUGCAAGGCAUUUUAAUUCUUACUGUAGAUUGUGUUCUCAAUUGGUGAGGGCUUUUUUCCCGCUAUAGGUGUCUCCUGCGUGGUAAUCAGGGCCAGCUCCAGGUUUUCUGCCGCCCUAAGUGGGGGGAGGGGGAGCCACGGCAGUGCAAUCGCGCUGCUGCCGAAGACCCGAAUGUGUCGCCCCAAUAGUGACCAGUGUGCCACCUCUUGGUAUUGGCCACCCCAAGCACCUGCUUCUUUAGCUGGUUCCUGGAGCCAGCCCUGGUGGUAGUGAAUAGUUUACCUUUGUAUUUACUCAGUCUCGUCCUAAACCAAGAGGACUGAUAAUGUGACUUCUCAUCAAGCUUCCUUUGUGUAGUCCAUGAGGUGUAGCCAUCUCACCAGAUUGAGAUUCUCUCUCCAAAUUGACAAAUGCAGGAGCUACCUCAACUUUUUUCUAGAAGAUACAUAUUUUUGUACCUUUCAGUCAUUUAUAUCUGAUUUUGAAAUUGAUGUGGUACGCAGUUGUCUUGCCUAUUGGGUGGUUGUUUAGAUUUUGCUUCACUUACUAUAUCCACAAAUAUUUAGCCUUCUAAUAUGUUGAGUGAACCUGUUUAACUUCUUAAAAUGCACUUAAAAAUAAAUGCAGACAGGUAAAUGAUUAAACUUGAGUAGGAAAACAGUUUCAGUUGGAAACUUAGAUUAUGGUUCAAUGAUUUUGUACCCAGAAAAUUUUGAAAUUCUGUAGUUAUUGGAAUUGAAAAGAUAGCUGUGGGUGUGAACUUUUUGCAAUUUUUUUAGUUUUUAGGUAACAUUCUCUGCUCCAUCUCAAAUAUCCAGUCCCUAAUACACUUGCUGUUCUGUAGCUGUUGAACGUCUGGGUUGGACAUGGAAAUUUUAAGUUGAACAUGUUCUAGAUUAGAAGAAUUUUUUAACUUUAGGUAAUUCAGCUUUGUCACUCAUGCAUGUAGAAAAUGGUGGCUGUCCUUUGGGCAGAAUUUACAGUUAGGUUAUGUACAUACCUCUGUUCCGAAUCUCGCUCAACUUGCGUUUAAAUGCUUUUUUAUCAAGCCAAAAAUCUUUCUCAACAGUUUUAUAAUCACUUACUAUAUGAGUAAGUAGCUUUGUACUGAUUGUAACUGAUUUGUGUGUUUUUAUGUAACUAGUAACACAUGGUUGACUUUUGAUCUCAUAUGCCAAAGUUUGAGGGUUUUUUCAUUGCUGAUGUGUUUAUUAAAAUGUCUAGAAUGUU